CAAAACAGGGACUUCCCUUAGCCUCCAUCAUCUGCAGGGAGGGAAAACAGGCAUUCACACACACUCUGCCUCCCACAUACACACACACGCACUCUGUGCUGAGCGCUAGCAAGAGGCUUCACACGAAAUCCAGACAAAGGGAGUGUAACCUGCAACGAUGGAGGAAAACAUGGAUGAAUCCCAGAGCCAGAAAGGCUGUAAGGAGUGCUGCGAGCGAUGCGUCGGCAGUCUGCCCUGGGCGUCGCUCAUCGCCACCAUCUUGCUCUACAUGGGCGUGGCCUUGUUUUGUGGGUGUGGCCACGAGGCUCUGAGCGGCACCGUCAACAUCCUGCAGAACUACUUCGAGGUGAUCCGAGCUCCCGGAGACGUGCUGGACGUCUUCACCAUCAUCGACAUCCUGAAGUACAUCAUCUACGGCCUCGCCGCCGGCUUCUUUGUGUUCGGAGUGCUGCUGCUGGUGGAGGGCUUCUUCACCACCGGCGCCAUCAGGGAUCUCUACGGAGAGUUCAAGAUCACCGCCUGCGGACGCUGCCUGACUGCUUUCCUCAUGGUUCUGGCCUACCUGUUCUUCCUGGUGUGGCUCGGCGUCACGGCGUUCACCAGCCUCCCGGUCUUCAUGUACUACAACGUCUGGUCCAUGUGUAAGAACGCCACCUCAGUGGAGGGAGCCAACCUCUGCCUGGACCUGCGCCAGUUCGGAGCAGUGACCAUCUCAGAGGAGAGGAAGGUGUGCAUGGGCUCUGAGAAGUUCCUGAACAUGUGCGACUCCAACGAGCUGGAUCUGACCUUCCAUCUGUUCGUGUGUGCGCUGGCAGGAGCCGGAGCCGCCGUCAUCGCCAUGGUCCACUUCCUGAUGGCGCUGGCCGCUAACUGGGGCUACCUGAAGGACGCCAGCCGGAUGCAGAAGUACGAAGACAUAAAGUCGAAGGAGGAGCAGGAGCUGCAUGACAUCCACUCCACGCGCUCCAAAGAACGCCUCAAUGCCUACACAUAAACCCAGAGCCGCCGGAAACAACACACACUUACCUGUCACACACACACACUCACAUACACACACACACACACACACACACUCACACACUGCAGCUGAUACAAGCCUGAGGACAGCAUAAAUCCAUCAGACAGGAGAAAAACACAGAAAGAAAAGAUGAAAACUCCGACACCGUCAUCAUCCUUGUGUCUGCAGAUCCUUGAUCCGGUGCUUCUGUUUGUCCUGAGCAGAACCUUUAACCUUUGACCUUGAACGAAUAAAAUCAGCUGAACCUUCUAAAGGUCCCAACGUUUAGUGGCCUGACUGGCAGAACAAAUUCUUACAGCACAAGAUUUACAGAAACCAGCGAAACAAAGCAGAACCUGCGACCCAGAGAGCCGGAGCGCAGACACGGGGAUGAGUCUGGUGUCUACGAGCUCAUCAGUAAAUAAGAGCCCCCUUCCUUUAACCUGCAGACACACACACACACACACACACACACACACACACACGCACACACACACGUAGAUGUGACUGAAUGGUCGGUGUUGUGCAGGCAGUGUCGUUCGGUGGUGUCAUGCCGUGUCGUGUCCUCUCACCACACUAUGAUGGCGGUGUUGCAGAGAAAAAGGUCCCUGAGUAAAUUUGUGCCUCCUGGGUGCAGAUGGGUCGCUUUGCCAACUUCCCCUCCCCAACCUGUUGCCCCCACCGUCCGGUUCCCCUGAAGUCCAGUUUCAAUAGUUGUUCCUUAAAUUCUUGAACCUUCUAAUCGAAAACCAGCAAAAUGACGACGAUAAAGGCCCGGAUCUAAAAUUGUUGCUUCAAUUAGUGAAACUAUUGAGCAAACGGCAAAUAAAAGGUUUUUAAAAACCUCCACUGAAGCUGGCGCCCCUCCCCGCCCCGUUUCCCCCGGACUGUAAAAACUCGUCGUUGUCUUUAGAGACAGCACUUCUUAGCAGCACAAAGUCUUUUUGUCCUGUUCUCAUCCGUCUGUUUUCCUCAUGAUUUCAUCCCUUUUGGGGGAUUUUUGAUUAUUUAUGUGUAAUUUUAGCACUGAGGGUAUUUAAGUGGGAGGUCAGGGGUCAGCUGGGAAUAGGGUUUAUGUCACAUGUUCAUGUAUUGAGUCUGUAUUUCAGUGGUUCUGCACACACACACACACACACACACUCACACAGCUUCUUUCUGUUGUCACGGUUUCUUCUGUUCUCAACCAGCCCGAAUGUGACCAAAUGUCCUCAGUAAGUUAGAAAACCACCGAUACGAACAGUGAGCACGUCAGCUGCAGACGAUCCGAAGCCCGACCGGCAGUUUCGGGUUCCUGCAGGAUCGGCGUCCCAGAACAUCCAGGGGGCGCUGCAGGGCGGUGAAACAGUGAAUGAGCUGCGUGUUCAGGAAUGAUUUGCUCUACUGCGGCUUUUUGUGGUUUUACAACUUCUUUGGUGUCUUACAUAAUCUCCUCAGGUGCUUCAGAGCUGGAAAGCUGUAAUCUGGAUGAUGUGGGACCAGCCGGCCGCUUCGCAAAGCUUCACAUAGAAUCAGAUGUUUGAGAUUUUGACUUUUAAAUCAAAUUCUCGCAUUAAAUUUGUCCAGAGAGCCGCUCAGUCUCUGUGAGAUGCAGCGUUUUCAGCUCCUCAGACUAGAUAGAAGAAUUUUGUUUUGUGUUUUUGAGGCUGCUUCGGGUUCGUUUGCGUCGGGACGGUGAUGAGUCUCUGUCUGCCAGUAGAGAUGAGCCAGAUUGGUUUCUGAUUGGGCAAACGCGUGGCGAAACGAGCUGCAAGCACUAAAACGACUCCGAAACUAAAUAAGAAAUGAAACAGAAAAACUCUGCACACACAGGAAACAGAAGCAAAAGGUCAAAUGUUGCAAUUAGCAAAAACGGCAAGUAUAAAACCCUAAAAGCUGCUCGUCUAAACGUUGGUCAUCCAGGCCACCAGGGGGAGUCUGAACAUUAUGUAAACCCGUUAUAAAUACAUGAAGGACAACGCAGCUUUUCUUUGCUCCUGCAACUUUCUGCUGUACAUCUGGUCUUUGGUUGCAGACGAUCUGGUGGUCGGGUCCCUCUGGUGGCCUGGAGGACUAACGUUCAGUGAAACGCGUUCACAGCGUUUGUACUUCCUGCUGUUUGUAUUUUCCCGGUUUGGUUCUUGUUCCUGAGGUUGCUGCAUUUUGUUUUUUACUGUUUCGAUGAUUGAAUCGCUCGUCUGCAGCUCGUUUCGAAGCUUGCUGCGAGUUUGCAUGCGGCCUUUCCAUUUUCACUUUGUCUUCAGAAAGAGGAAGGUGACGACUUCAGUUUGAUUUGGUCAGACACACACACACACACACACACACACACACACACACACACACACCACCGUCACUCUGAGCCAUAGUUCUCUUUUACUUUUCACUGAUGACAUCUCACUAUUUUAUGAUCAACUUUGAAACUUUUUAAAUGUGAAGCUAUUUAAUUAGGGAGAUGUGAUUUUCUUAUUGUUUCUGUGCCGCGGGGCGAAGCGCCGCUCUGCAUCAACUCUGUACAAAGACAAACGUUUAUGUGAGACGGUGGAGGCCGGCGGCCGGGAGGUCCACUUCCUGUCGGCCCAGAGUCUGGAGGAGGCGGCCCAGUCCCAAUGUCCUGGGCCUCCGCUCUGCAGAAAGCUGCGCUCACACAGAACCGGGCCUGGCUCGGUCCGGUCCGGUUCCACCAUCUCAGGAUCACACAGACCAAAAAACUAAUUAAAAGCUUUCACAGCAAAUUUGAUGUCCAUCAUUCUGAUCCCGGGAUCAUCGGCGACCCGCUCGGGCAGAGCCGGCGCCGGACUCCGUGUUUGGGUCGGAACCGGGCCGGCGGUGUGGACGCAGCUGGAGUCGGACUCCUGUAGACUCGGCCCGGUUCAGGUGAACCUCGGCUGCAGCAGUCAGUAUUUUUAAGGGUCUAGUUUUACAGUAACAGUAUUUUAUCAUUUCAUUGCCUGACAAUGGAAGUCAGAUGGUCGAUGUUUCUAACCUCAGAUUAAAGAAAAAAUAGUUUUUGUGCACUUAUUGACCAUUGUGAGCUCUCUCUCUCUCUCACCCCCCCUCUUUCACCCCCCCAUCUCUCUCUCUCUCUCACCCCCCCUCUCUCUCUCUCUCCCCUCUCUCUCUCUCUCUCUCUCACUCCCCCUCUUUCACCCCCCCAUCUCUCUCUCUCUCACCCCCCCUCUUUCUCUGUCUCUACCCCCCCCCUCUCUCUCUCUCUCUCUCUCACUCCCCCUCUUUCACCCCCCCAUCUCUCUCUCUCUCCCCCCCUCUCUCCCCCCCCUCUCUCUUUCUCUCUCUCCCCCUCUUUCACCCCCCAUCUCUCUCUCCCCCUCUCUCCCCCCCUCUCUCUCUCUCUCCCCCCUUUGUCUCUCUCUCUCACCCCCUCCCCCCUCUCGAUGUGUAAGUGCAUUGACCCCCCAACCCCCCACGCCGGGGCCUGUGUAUAGUCUUGCAUUGGUUAUAACCUGAAGAAUUGAUGAAAACGAAUGAAUUCAUAACAAUGAAGAUAAUCUUAUUCUACUUAAAAAAAGACAGUGAAUCUAGUUGUUGUUUGUGGCAUGGUUAUGCAUUCAAUGGUCAUCAUUUUAAAGAUUAAAAUGAACUAAAAAAGUUUAUUUUCCACUGGCGCUGUUCUGCUGUUUCCUGUUUUCUUUCCACUGCUCAGUGUGCAGUAUUGCUGUUCCUGUUGCUUAUGGUGUUGCUAAGCUCGCUUGCUUGCUCAGUUGUUUACCACCAGAGCAAUAUACGGUAGCAGUUUGACUCAGCCGAGACGUGAACCAGAAACCCUUCCCUCCAACAUCCAACUGCAUGAAACUUUGAUUGCAAGUCUUAAGUGAUAUGAUUAUGGUGUUCUGUAUCGUUUCUCCUAAUAAAGCGGAUUUGCAGAUGUGGUGUGAUGUAUUGCUCUGGCCAUCCGUCAUCGUGCUUCCUCCCUGCUCACAUCCUCCUCUUCCUCUUCCUCUUCCUCAGCCUGCGCUCACGCCCAGCUGAGUCCCGCCUCAGAUCCGCUGCGUUUCCGUUACAACGGCUGCAAAAGUACGAGGCACCGUUUGUACAGUUACACUGUAAAAACUUAACAGCAAAAGCUCAUUUUAUUGUUUCAUUCACAUAGAGAAAAUGUGAACGUUCGUUUUUUCAGCAUUUAUAACUAAAUAUUUAAUUUUAAACUAAAUAUUUUAUUCUGACUUAAAUAUUUAGCUUGCUAACUAUUGAGUUAGCAACAAGCCCUGCCUACUUUGAAGUGGCUUACAUGUUACAUAAGAGCAGUGGAUUCAAGCCGUUAGAGUGGCAAAGAGUUUUUUAUGAACUGUGACGCUGUCAGAGUCCAAAAAAACCAAAAACAAGCUAUCAGCCUCCAACCACUUCCUGUCGUCUUCUUUGGUGUUUCUGCAAGUAGUAACAUCCGGGAUGUUUGGCAUGUGACGCCUGUGACAUGAAAAAAGUGUUUUGAUCCCAACAGAAAAUCUUUCAGAAAAAAAAUGGAAGCUUUUUGUGAAUUUAUUUUGGUCAUUUCAGUUCUAUAAUUAAUGGAAACGCAGUUAGUGUUUCAGUCUGAAGUGUUUCCUGUUUGAUUUGCUUCAGAUGAGUCAGCUGAGGUCAUCCAUCCCAUGUUGCCUAGCAACAAGCGGCCUUGUGCAGCUGCUGAGGUCCAGAACCUAUCGGUCCAGAACCGAUCGGGUCGUUAGUUUCCAGGCUGAGGCUGUGAGCAGCGCGUCAUCCUCUCAUUUCCGUCUCCAUGUCCAGAUCUGAUCCUGUCCUGCUGAACAUGGACUCAUCAUUCCAGGAUCCUGACCUCAGGAUCCAAACUCACCAUGUCAGCAGAGAACAGGAGGAGUCAGAGUGAAACCUGAGCGGAUCCCAGAUCCCCUCAGGUUGGACAUUCUGGACGUCAGAAGUCCUUCUUCCUGUUCUCCAUCACCUUCCUGUCUGUUUCUGCAUCACUCUGCUUGCUUCUGGCUCGCUCCAUCCGGUCCGGUCCGGUCCAUUUCUGUACAUAUUUGUGCCAACAGCUCAGGCAAACAGCGGCUUUUUUAUUUGUAAAGACAUAAACUUGCUUGCAUAUAUAAAUAAAUUGAAUUCAGACACUUGUGUACUUGUUAAAAAGAGAAA